AUGCAUCGAAUAAUGAAGGAAGAGUCAAGUUACAGGACGAGCAGCCUGGAGAAUGCAACGCGUGACCCGAGCAAAGAAAAGCUGCACAUGAAGCUCUGCAGUGGGUCCUGCCACGCUGAACAAAUCCUCCAGACGCUAAAUUCCUACCGGCAGAGUGGCAUCUUCACAGAUGUGGUGCUAUUAAUCGAUGGACAAGAAUUCCCCUGUCACCGUGCUACAUUGUCAGCCAACAGCACGUAUUUUCGGGCUAUGUUUGGUGGCAAUCUCAAGGAAGGCCACCAGAAUAUCAUUAACAUCCAGAAGAUUUCUGCCUCCACCAUGUCUCUCCUUCUUGACUACAUGUAUGGGGGGAACAUCGUCAUUCAGGAAGACAACGUUGAGGGCAUCUUGGAACUGUCUGACUUGCUGCAGAUCUCCAAGCUCAGAGAUGCUUGUAUCACCUUCCUUGAAGGCCAGCUCCACCCGUGCAAUUGUUUGGGCAUCAUGAAGUUUGCCGACUCAUUCUCUAUCGCUUCACUGACCGAAAAGAGCAAGAGGUUCAUGCUGGAGUGUUUUGUGGAGGUGUCGUGUCAUGAAGAGUUCCUAGAGAUGGGUGUGAAGGAGCUGGUUGAGUACUUGUCUGAUGAGCAGCUGGUGGUCCCCAAGGAGGAAGUGGUCUUUGAAGCAGUCAUGCGCUGGGUACGGCAUGACGUCCCUGCCAGGAAGGGGGCCUUGAAGGACCUCCUAGAGCAUGUGCGACUGCCACUGCUUGACCCCACCUAUUUCCUGGAGAAGGUGGAGAUGGACGGACUCAUCCAGGACUCAAAGGAGUGCAUUCCUCUACUGCACGAAGCCCGCAAGUACUACAUCCUUGGGAACGAGGUCAGCUCCUUGAGAUCAAGGCCCAGAAGGUUCAUGGAACUGGCAGAAGUCAUCAUCAUCAUUGGGGGCUGCGACAAGAAAGGCCUUCUGAAGCUGCCCUUCACAGACCUCUAUCACCCAAAGAACAGGCAGUGGACGGCCCUCUCCAGUGUGCCCGGUUACACCAAGUCAGAAUUUGCUGCCUGCACACUGAAGAACGACGUGUACAUAUCAGGGGGACACAUCAGCAGCAAUGAUGUUUGGGUGCUGAGCUCCCAGCUGAAUGUCUGGAUCAAGGUCGCUUGUCUGCAGAAAGGCCGAUGGAGGCACAAAAUGGCAACACUUCAGGGCAAGAUCUACGCUGUGGGAGGCUUUGAUGGUUUUUACCGCCUCUCCAGCGUGGAGUGCUAUGACACCUUCUCCAACAGCUGGUCAACCUUGGCCCCGCUGCCUCAGGCCGUGAGCUCAGCGGCUGUGGUCUCCUGCCUGAACAAGCUCUACGUGCUGGGCGGCGCUGUGGAUGACACUGCUAACACUGACAAGGUCCAGUGCUAUGAUCCAGAGGAGAACAAGUGGACGCUUUUGUCUCCCACUCCUUUUUACCAGAGGUGCAUCAGUGCUGUCUGCUUGGACAACAUCAUUUAUGUCGUAGGUGGACUCCUCAGUAAAAUCUUCAGCUAUGAUCCAAGGGAAGACAGCUGGCAAGAAGUGGCAACACUCCCUGGGCCUCUGGAGAGCUGUGGCCUGACGGUGUGCGGAGGGAAGAUUUACAUCCUGGGUGGCCGAGACGAGAACGGGGAAGGCACGGACAAAGCAUUCACUUUUGACCCUGCAACGGGCAGUGUGGAGCAGCAGCCACCGCUGCAGCGCUGCACCAGUUAUCACGGCUGCGUGACCAUCCUGCAGCGCAUGAACAGAUGA